AUGAGAGACCUACGCAAGAAGAUCCUGCUCGAGAGCGGGAAAACCAUGUCUCGCAAGGCGCGCUCGCGACCCGACUCCAAUUUUGGCUCGACCACGCACUCUCCUAACAGCUCUCCUACUGGCUCGCGACAUGGUUCGCGCGCCCCCAGUCGUUAUGCGUCGGAAGACGAGGUAAGCGACGAUGAUCCGAGCGACAGUUUGACCAACUCUGUCAUCGCUUCGGAAGAUGGUGACGAGACCAUCAGCGAUUGGACCGACAAGCUAAAAGAUUGCAUAAACGAGAUUCUGGAUCGCAAGCGCAGCAGCACUCAAGGCAGGGAGAGAUAUUUUGCUGCUUAUACACAUCUGGCAAGACACCACUUUGCCGAUACCAUGAUCGAGCAUCAAAUGCAUGAGUUGGUCCCAGCAUUCCUACGAAGCAUUCGUAAUGGUGGCACAACUGAAGAAACAGUUGGCGCACUCAAAGCUCUUCAGAUGACCACCAUUACCACUCAGUCUGACUCGAUCUACGACCAAGCCUUCUCUAUUCUCAAAACUGCAACUGAAGGGUCGGACGAAGAGUCCGUCAAGGUUGAGGCACUUUACACCAUGGCCGUGGCUACCAUUUUCGGUGGAGGCGCUGAGGUUGCUGCGCAAGAACUGAUGGACUUUGCCGUCGAGAUUGUCGAAAGCGACGGAAACAGCGUGGAUGCUGGAGACAAUGGACCCGUGGUCACUGCGGCACUCAAUAUCUGGGGGUUCCUUGCAAGUCACAUCGAUGAAUUGGAACAACAGUCCGAGGAGGCGCUUGAGGCCUUUACAGAGCAGCUCGAUAGUAGCGACGCUGAUGUACAGAUCGCAGCCGGAAGCAACAUCGCCCUCAUCUUUGAGGCACUACGGGCAUACAACGAGCAAGCCGAGGAAGAUCACGAUAGCAAGCAGGAACAGCUGAGAGUCGAGGCAAAGCAGAGAGGCGAGCGGUAUGUCCCAGAGCCGUACAAUCCAUUCGACUUGCAGUACAAUCAGCACCAGCUUGUUCAGAAGAUGACCGAGCUCGCUGGUCAAUCUUCAAAAACAAUCUCCAGAAAAGAUCGUCGCCAGUUACAUGCAACAUUCAACAGCAUCCUGAAGUCCUUGGAGCUUGGCAAAGGCCCUGGAUAUUCUGAAGCUGGUCGCAUCGCACGAGAGUCAGAUCGAGGCGGAGAACGAGUCUAUGCUGCUGAGAAGGUCUUCACUGAAUUUGGCUACCGCAACACAGUCAAGGGCAAUGACGGGCGGACUCUGACUAUCGACUCAUGGUCACUGUCUAUUCGCGUCGAUUUCUUGAAGAGGAUUCUUGGUGGUGGGUUCACGACACACUGGUCUCACAACCCAGCAGUUGCGGAGACAUUUGACACUGCAUAA